AUGUCGCCGCCGUCUAAUAUAUCAGACAAUGGCGCGCAGUCGAGCAAUCCCCGAGACGCCCAUGCACCGACGGUGGCCGCAUUCUCACCCACAACCAUAGCUGGAUCAUCACUCACCUCGCGGCAACGCUCGAGCGUCAUCGUCCAUCGCAAGUCCCCUCUUUUAGUCGCUACACCUCCGCCUAUCACACGCGCUUUGGCGCAUUCUCACCCGUUCCUUUUGCCGUUGAACAAACUCGCCGGCUUGUUGACAUGGUCUAGCGGAGAUCCGUGGGCAAGCUUCUUGCUCGUAGCUGGUUUCUGGGCCAUCGUUUUAUACUCCGAUGCCAUAAUUUUAUAUGCUGGACCGAUACUGGUGGUGAUUUCAUUGAUUUUGGGAAUGUAUUCGAGACGGUAUUCGCCACUCUCGUCGACCGGAGUGACCGGCGAGAAACAUGGACAUCGGAAACAAACGUCUGAAUCGCUUUCUACACGACAUCAGAAGAGUCUAGACGAGAUUGUUGAGACCAUGAGAGAGUUCACGACUCGAUGCAACAUUAUGCUCGGCCCGUUGCGAGAAAUGACCGAUUUCCUUUCCACGCAAAGCAGUGCAACAUCGGCGACUACGCGGCCGGCCUUGACGUCACUUUUGAUUCGGAUUAUCUGUAUCACGCCGAUAUGGAUACUUCUUACCCUUCCUCCUUUCUAUAUCAUCACUACUCGCCGCGUUGUUUUAAGUGUUGGCACAAUCAUUCUUACGUACCAUUCCAGUCCUGCUCGCGUCUUUAGAGUUCUGUUGUGGCGGUCACUGACCGUCCGACGUAUCUGCGUCUUCCUCACGGGUCUCAAUUUUUCGACGGAUAAGACAGCAAAUACAGCUGUCGACAAGUCAAAGAUUGCGCAGUCCAAGAAUCAUGCCACGGCAAUCGCAACUUCUAGCAAAGCCGAGGGAGGUGUGCGAUUUACUUUCAUCGUGUAUGAGAACCAGCGACGGUGGCUGGGUAUUGGAUGGACGUAUUCCUUAUUUCCGCAUGAACGUGGAGCUUGGACUGAUGAGCAUCUGAAUGAUGUACCAUCGAAAGAUAGCUUUGAGCUUCCUGAUGCUAAUGGUGGUAAUGCAAUCUGGCGUUGGGUUGAAGGGAGUCAAUGGCGUAUCGAGGGUGGCGAUAAUACUAGCGACGGUGGUGGUUGGAUUUAUUAUGACAGCAAAUGGCAAGACGGUCGACGAGGAGAUAGCUGGGGACGGUACACUCGGCGCCGAAAGUGGUAUAGGGAUGCCGAGCUAGUCGAAGUUGACGAAAAUGGAGUUGUUCCCGAAAAAACAACUAAAGUCCAGGAUGACUCUGCCAGUAUCAAAUCAACUGCUUCGGCAGAUCCCCAAGGAAGCAUGCGAAAGCGUCGAUGGUUCAAUAAUUCCAAAGAUCUCAGCAGAAACACACCUCCAUCGCCCUCUGCAUCCACAUUCUCAUUCACCAACCAGGAAGCGGACAACGUCGCCCCUUCACAAGAUACACCUUCCGCAUCCAGCACGGCGAGGAAUUCCCGACCCGUGAGUCUACAUCGUUCCCGCACAAGUGAUUAUGGAGUUAAACCUGGCAACCAAUACAGCAGUAGCCCCGGGCAGCGGAGCGUAACCAGUAGUCUCCGUCGCACAGGAACUGAAGAUGGCGACGCAGAUAGUCAGAAGAGUAUUCGUGAUCGCGAAAUUGAGGAUGCUCAGAAUCGGCUGGAUCGAUGGGGKGCGAGGGCCACUGGUGGUACGGAGAGAGCGGAGAGAGAGCUGGGCUUGGGUGACGACGUGAAUAUGGGUUUAAGUUGA